GAUUUUGUGAUACGACCAUGUCGUGUCGGGGACUAACAUGUCGGCCGUUUUUAUGUUUGGCUUUGACGCUAGCAGGUCAACUCUUGACAUGCUCGUCUCCUUGGCGUGUUGUAUAUCUAUCCCACGGUGGCAUCGGGCUGUAGUGUUUACAUGUGGAACAGCUUUUAUAAAGUCACUCCACGCAAGGCUCCAUCGGCCUUUGAACCUUUGACACCAUGGCGCCCCUCCUCUGGAAGCACCUGGCUACCUCACUGACUCGCCAAGUGGCCCAGAUGAGGCAGUUAAAUCUGACCUUCUCCUCACCAGCAGCUAGUGCUUACAGAUGUCUCUGCACCCUCAUCACAGCUCCCCGCACACUGCUCCUGUCAUCAGCCAGAAUCAGCUCCAUCCAGCCCCCCUCGUCUGGCUCCUCUGCUCAGUGUGGACCACCUCUGUUGGGAAAGUGUCAGCAUCUUCCCUGCAUCCAGCCCUCUGCAGGGAUGAAAACCAAGUCUGCCCUGAAGAGGCGCUGCAAAGACUGUUUCUUUGUUCGACGGAGGGGGCGUUUGUUUGUGUUCUGCAAGACAAAUCCAAGACACAAACAGAGGCAGGGCUAAAAUGGAGUAUUGAGAAGAUUGUUUUGAGAUCGUGGAUAUUUAGAAGAACUGUGCUGCAAAAAUAAAUUGUUUGGCUUAAGAAUGUG